AUGGCGACACGGCCGCAGACGACGAUGUUAAGGAUGAGGAGGAGGACGAGAAGGACGGAAAGGAGGAGGAGGAGGCAUUGAAAGGGGAGGAGGGCAACGAGGACGAGGACGACAAACACGAGGAGGAGGAGGAUAAGGAAGAAGAGGAAGACGAGGAGGAGGAGGAUGAAGAAAGAAGAAGACGUGGAGGACGAGGAGGAGGAUGGCCACGUGGCGGCGACGACGAAGAGGAAGAGGAGCAGGCGGCGGAGGAGGAAAGGGAGCAGGAGCAGGUUGUUGUGAUGGAUGCAAAUCGGGACGCUGCGACGAUGGACAAGGAGGAGGACAACGAUAACGACACCGAAGAGGAGGAGGAGGAAGAGGAGGAGGAGGAGGAAGAGGAGGAGGAGGAGAAGGAGGUAGAGCAGGAAGAGGAGGAAGAGGAGGAGGAGGAUGACGAAGAAGAAGGAGAAGAGGAGGAAGAGGAGGAGGAAGAUGAAGAAGAAGGGAAGGAUGCAGAGGAGGAGGAGGGCAAGAACGAAAAUGAGGAAGAAGAACAUAAAGAGGAGGAGGAGGAGGAGGAGGAGGAGGAGGAGGAAGAUGAAGAAGAAGAGAAGGAUGCGCAGGAGGAGGAGGACGAGAAGGAGAAUGAGAAAGAAGAAUAUGAAGAGGAGGAGGAAGAGGAGGAGGAAAGAGAGUAGAUAAACGGGGUUAUGGCGAUAGAGGCAAAUUCGUUCGC